UUGACGUGUGAUGAAAUUUGAUAGGAUCUUUGUAAAAUGCAUAGAAUCCCUGGUGUGUUUACUGAUUCGAUUUUGUUUCAGACAUUCAGACUUUUUGAGAUAUUCCACCUGUUGCUUUGGUGGCUCUUCAGAACAAUCCUGAAGAGCACCAGUCAGAACUGGCGCCGUUUAAAAAUAAAAUAAUGAUUUGAUACACUGCAAACUUUCACAAUAAAUUACAAUUCAGUUCACAUCGAUUUUUUAAUUAAAUGAAUAGAAUAUAGUGACAGACGGCUAUUUGCCUAUUCAGAUUAUAGAAGAUUGUCACGAGCAUUCAAUAUUAAAUAUUAUUAUUCUAUACUCAAAGGUCACGAGAGUCGAGAUUCGCGAGAAAUGUCAAAUAUAAACGCUGCAUGCGCCAUCUGAAACAGACGCGAUCUAUCGGAAUCAAGUAGGUAUUAAUCUGAAAAAUCUCCCGUUUUGUCUGAAAGUUUUACAAGUAUAAGUAGACACACCACAUUUUCUAUGCGUCUUAGGUAGGUGAGUGUAGACAUAGCGAAAAAUAUAACUGAAAAUAAUGCUGUAAUGAGUUCAUUACGAUACAGAAAUAGAGAAAGAUAUAUUAUUGUGAGGGAAAUGGACACAAAAGUUGUCGAUUUUUUGAUAUAUAUUGAAACAUCAUCAAGUAGACUCAAUAUUCUGUUAUAAUUUGAAGGAAUGUUGCUGAGAAGCGGCAACGAGGUGGUCGAUAAGGACGUUAAGAAGCCGAAAAAGAAGAAGGCAAAGAAGACGAAAAAGGAUAACGUAAAGCUCACCCGUGGAGGAAAGAAGCGCAUGAAGUUGCUUAUGGAGGGGGGGAUGGCGCAAGAAGAAGCCAAAAAGCUAGCGUUACAAAUGUUUGGUCCAAAGCUUACAAUGGCCCCACCGGCUAAGAAAAUUAGACUGGAGGACAGCACACCUAAAGGAAAGGAGCCCAUGCAAACUACACAAGAGGUUUCAAAAGCCUCUCAGUUCUCAGGAGCUUCCAAAGCUCCUAUACCAAAUAGGCCCAUCUACAGCCAAAAAAUCACGGGGAUUAAGGUGGGCAUAUUGGAUAAGAAUUAUCCGGAGGUGUUGUUGAGAAUUAACCAAUUGAAGGCCAUCGAAGCAGCAAUCCUAGAAUCUAUAUUUGCACUGGAAAGAGAGGCCACUGUAAGGCCCAAAUUCCAACAUCUACAUAAUAGACCAGGUUGGCUUGGGCUGACGUGCUUAGACAUAGCCACGCUUGAAUGGCUGAAGAGCAUCUUGCCAAAGCUGAAACCUUGGGAGGGGGCUGAACUGAGGAUCGUUGAGGAGGCUGAACUGCCUUACCCGCAGAUCCUGACAGGCUACCUCCCUAAUAGCCAGGAUCUUUCUAACGAGCAGAUCUUCUUCUUGAUGGAGAUACAGAACGAGGACCUCAAAACUUCGGGCUGGAGGAUUCUUCGGAGAGAACCAUCAAACACUAUGCUAGAAGUGGUAAUCUCGGCAGACUCGAAAUCGGUCGAGAAACUGAAAGCAUUAAAUUGUCGAAUCAAUUAUAAAUUCGGCCAAAUAAGUCUUCACCUCAAGGGCCAUAAGAUCUCAGUCUCUAGCACCGGGUCAGAAAAGCCCAACGCUGGUGAAGAGAAAAAGGUGGUUGAACUCUCGGACACGAAAGAGCCUGGAAGAGGGGAAGUUCCGCUGGGGUGUGGAAAGGGAGAGUCAGGUGGCGUAAACGCUGCGGUCUUUUCUGAGCAGCCCGGUGGACGACCAUCCCCGUAGGUGGCGAACGCAUGAGGUGCCUUCAGAUAAAUCACCAGCAUUCAAAGGCAGCCUUUAUAUGCUGGAGAACGUCAAGAAGGCACAUACCCCAAAUACCUUAUAUCAGACGAUAUAUUGUAAUAGAGUUCCUGACAAGGAAUCUUGCUGCGGCGCUGGUUGAGGUGCGGGCUGGAGGUGGCCGAAAGCAUACAGUAUUUGUGUCGUAUUACUUUCCAGGUAACGCUGUCAGCCCACCAACGGAGGAAGUUCAAAGGCUCAUAGAAUUGUAGAGCACCUCCCUUGGGAUUGGAACAUUACUGAGAAGAACAACCUCCCCUGGGACUGGAAAAUUACGGAGAAGAAUAUCCCUUAAGAUUUGAAUCAACAAGAACUUCCCAUAGAACUGGAAUAGUACAUACAUCUGUAAUGAAUGUGAAUAAUAAUUCACAAUAAGUACAGGCUCAUUGAAAGGAUAUUCAACAAAUUCCCGGUUCUAUCCCAGUAGAGUGAACGCAAACGAAGUCGUUGUCACCCUCACAUUUA